UCCAACCUCUGACUCACCAAACAACAACAUUCAAAAAAACAAACAAUUUCAACAAAAACACCAAAGAAAACUAGAAAUUACUAUCCAUUGAACCAAAACAAAGCAAAAAGUUUCAAUCUUUAUUGAUAAUUUUUGGAAUUGGAAUGAAGAACAAGUCACCAUCAGUACUACUCUGCUGUGUUUGUUGCCAAUAAACAAUCUUUGUAUGGAGGAUUCAAACCCCAAGAAAAGUUUAGCCCCAGAUGCUUUAAUUACUACUCUCAGCAACUCAAUCCAAGCUCUGGGUAGGGGAUUUGAUGUCACUUCUGAUAUUAGGCUACUGUAUUGUAAAGGGGCUCCAGGGUCUCGUUUAGUUCAUCUUGAUGAGGAAAAUCGUGUGGAUCUUUUGCACCCAGAUGGGGGUAUUUUGCUGCCAAAUGUUACUGUAGACAUUGAAUGUUCACAAGAGUUGAGAACCAUUGAGGCCACACCUGUUUUUACCUUCCAUGAGAUGGCAAAAUACUUCAAUGCAAUCUCCAAUAUAUCUGGUGAUGUCCCACUUGGAAGCUUUAACUCCAUGUUUAACUUCACUGGUUCAUGGCAACAAGAUGCAGCAGCUACUAAAUCCCUUGCCAUGAUUGGACAUGUUAUCCCACUCUUUACAGUGAGAUUGGUUAAGUUAGACUUACUUCUACGGGAUGAAAUUAAACGUGCUGUUCCAUACUCUUGGGAUCCUGCAUCACUGGCAAGCUUUAUUGAAAACUAUGGCACCCAUAUUGUCACCUCCGCGACAAUCGGUGGUAGGGAUGUAGUUUAUAUUAAACAACACCAGUCAUCUCCUUUGUUAGUUUCAGACAUUGAAAACUAUGUGAACGACAUUGGAGAGCAGAGGUUCUGUGAUUCGAAGAAUCUCUCAAGUGCCGGACCUUUAAGAUAUAAGGACAAGGAUGUUACAGUUAUUUUUCGCAGAAGAGGAGGUGAUGACCUGGAGCAGAGUCACGACAAGUGGGCAAGCACUGUAGAGACAUCACCAGAUGUGAUCAACAUGACAUUUACUCCCAUUGUGUCAUUUCUUGAAGAGGUGCCUGGAAUAAAGUACCUGAGCCGCGCAAUUGAGUUAUACUUAGAAUACAAGCCACCAAUAGAAGAUUUACAGUAUUUUUUAGAUUUCCAAAUAGCUCGUGUGUGGGCUCCAGAGCAAAAUAACCUUCAAAGAAAGGAGCCUGUAUGUUCAUCCCUACAGUUCAGUUUGAUGGGUCCUAAACUCUAUAUUAGCCCAGAUCAGGUGACAGUGGGUCGUAAGCCAGUGACAGGGCUCAGGCUCAGCCUAGAAGGUAACAAGCAGAACCGUCUUUCAGUCAAUUUGCAGCACCUGGUUUCUCUUCCCAAGAUCCUUCAACCCCACUGGGAUGCACACAUGGCUAUAGGUGCCCCAAAAUGGAAAGGUCCUGAGGAGCAGGAUAGCAGAUGGUUCGAACCAAUCAAAUGGAAAAAUUUCUCCCAUGUAAGCACAGCACCAAUUGAACAUACUGAGACUUCCAUUGGAGAUCUCUCUGGAGUUCACAUUGUAACGGGGGCUCAGCUUGGUGUUUGGGAUUUUGGUGCCAAGAGUGUCUUGCAUCUUAAACUCCUCUUUUCCAAGGUACCUGGCUGUACAAUAAGAAGAUCGGUAUGGGAUCACAGUCCAUCAAAUCUAUCAGCAGUACAAAGGAUUGAUGGUUCUUCAACUUCACUUCAGAACGAAAACAAGAAAGGUGAUACUUCCAGCCAAACAGGGAAAUUGGCAAAAAUUGUAGACAUGACAGAAAUGUCAAAGGGGCCACAGGAUGCACCAGGACACUGGUUGGUAACAGGAGCUAAACUUGGAGUUGAUAAAGGAAAAAUUGUGCUAAGAGUGAAGUAUUCCCUGUUGAAUUAUUAAUGCGUUGUGUUGUAUGUGAGAUUAAAGCAUUCUUUGGAUAGUUUAGAUAUCAUGUUAUUCUUCUGUAAAUUAUGUUAGCAUUGAUCAUUCAUUUUUGUUAAGGCUAUUUUAUAGCCACCAGAUCAGUGUACUACU